GAAGUGGGUCCGCGCGAGUCCAUCUCACUGUUAAGCGUGCUCCAGAGGUACCCGAUCCUUCCCGCUCUAGUCAAGAUAACAAGGCAAUAGAACAAUGUCGUCUGAAAUUCCAGUAUUCUUAACCAAAGCUCUUCUCAUCCUGAUCGUCGUUUCAGUUGCUGUUGCAAAUGCCAGACCUUCUCACUUCGGUGAAAAUAACCAGGCGGUGUCUGAACAAGAGAGCAACAACAACAUACUGGAUGGCGGCUUGAAACCGUGGCAAUACGAGCAGCUCCUCGCCCAAGCCCAACGUCUGGCCGAGUUGAACGGCAACGACCAGGAUGCGUUCGGGUUUGAGCGUGCAUUGCGCAGCAGGAGCGAUGUCAAGCGUCAGAGUCGCUACCGUCUCUGCUACUUCAACCCCGUCAGCUGCUUCAAAAAGUAGAUUCGAUGUUAGUUGUCGGUUAUGUUUCGUUUUCGAUGAUGUAAUAUAUACAUAUAUUUAUUGUUGGAUGUGUGAAAAUAUUUUUGAUUCUGUAGCUUAAAAGUAGCAGGAUUAAUAAAGUACUACUAAACUUUUAUAUAAC